AUGUCAACUAGUGAUCUUGAACAAUGCCUAACGAAAUUCUGGGAUUUUGAACACAAUAUUUCAGAUCAAACCCUUUGGUCACCGAAUGACCAUGAAUGCGAGGAACAUUUCUUGCGAACUAUUAAACAAAACAGCGAAGGUAGAUUUAUUGUUACAUUGCCAAUCAAGACUGCACAAUCUAAACAGCUUGGUGAAUCCAAAAAUAUAGCUCUAAAAAGAUUUCGUAAUUUAGAAAAACGUUUUAAACAUAAUGAUCAAUUAAAAAUUGAGUAUACGUCAUUUAUGCAAGAGUAUUUCAAUUUAGGACAUAUGCAAUUGGUGGACGAUUCUACUUAUAACAAUAAAACUUCAUUUUAUUUACCACACCAUUGUGUGUUCAAGGCAUCCGGCAUACACUCCAAGUUGAGAGUAGUUUUUGAUGGAUCUUGCAAAUCAGAUACUGGGGUAUCUUUGAAUGAUAUUUUAAUGGUAGGCCCGGUCGUUCAAUCGGACUUAUUUUCGUUACUAGCAAGAUUUUGGUCAUUCAAAUAUGUUUUUACUGCUGACGUAGUAAAAAUGUAUAGGCAGAUACUCGUGGAUCCGACGCAAACAUCGUUGCAAUCCAUAUUAUGGCGAGAGAAUGUUGACGAUCCUGUAUCUACUUAUCAAUUAACAACUGUAACAUAUGGCUCUGUCUCUGCUCCAUAUUUGGCAACUAGAUGUUUGAAAUAUCUAGCGGAACUGCAUCAAAGGGAUUUUCCUGAAGGUGCACGGGCUAUAAUCAAUGAUGUUUAUGUUGACGAUUUGUUGACAGGCGCACAUUCGUUGGCCGAUGCAAGCGCCAAACGUAAUCAAAUUAUUGAAAUCAUGUCAAAGGGUUGCUUCACGCUGGACAAAUGGUUCUCCAACUGUAUUGAGCUUUUAGAAGGAAUCUCUAAUAACAAAACGCAAGAUUGUGUUUCUAUAAAUGAAAAUUACGAAACUCGUAUACUCGGUUUACAAUGGAAUCCAUAUGAUGAUUCUUUUCGGUAUACAUUCGAUGUAGGGAGCAUGCAUUCAAAUAUAAUGAAGAGGAAUAUGCUAUCUGAGAUCUCUCGAUUGUUUGAUCCACUAGGAUGGGUCGCCCCAAUCAUUCUUCUAGCCAAGUUAAUGAUUCAAGAGUUAUGGAAAUUACAAUUGCAUUGGGAUGCUUCGGUUCCCGCCGACAUGCAUUCAUCUUGGCUGGAGUACAAAAAACAAAUGCCAAAGUUAUCAGAAUUACGUAUUCCACGAAUGAUUGGUGUAACUCUUGAAACAUUAGAAAUUCAAUUCCAUGGUUUUGCAGAUGCCAGUCAACAUGCCUAUGGUGCAUGCUGUUACAUACGAACAUGCGACACCCAAAUGCAAUUUCAAACGCGUCUCUUAGCAUCUAAAUCGCGAGUCGCAUCGACAAAGGAAAUUUCGUUACCGCGUCUAGAAUUGUGUGCAGCUCUUUUGCUAGCUCAACUGCAAGACAAAUUGUUAAAGUCAAUUGAUAUCCAACCGUACAAAAUAUUUCUUUGGACCGACUCCACUAUCACCUUAUCGUGGAUUAGAGCACGUUCACGCAGAUUUUCAGUAUUCGUUUCUAAUCAUAUCGGUGAAAUCCAAAGAUUAACUGAAUUAAAGGUCAAAAUACAUGUGGUAAGACAAGAAUCAGAUGUGCUGGAGGAGUUAAUUGUCAAAUAUUCCAGUUUUGACAAACUGGUGCGAGUGAUCUCAUACAUAUUCCAAUUCAUUAAUAACUGCAGAAAUCCGUUUGACAAGCGUGUGAGCACUGUAAAUGAGCAGAAUCACGAGCAUGCACUGCAGGUGUUGUGUAAAUACAUACAGCAGCGAUGUUUUAGCCAAGAGAUUCACGAUCUGACACAUGUCGGAACUGUUUCCAAUACGAGCAAAAUUUUGUCACUAAACCCACUUUUAGAUCAAUACGGGGUAUUAAGAGUAGGUGGUAGACUAAAACAUGCUGAUUUAGAUUAUAAGGCUAAGCAUCCAAUUUUGUUACCUAAGAAUCAUACAAUCACGAAACUUAUUAUACACAACAAACACGUAAAAAACUUACAUGCGGGAGUCCAAGCAACAAUAUAUGCAGUUCGAAAUAAAUUUUGGCCAAUUUCGGUUAAGGUGACAGCUCGAAAUGUCAUAAAGAAAUGCAUAACGUGCUUCAAGCUCAAGCCUGGCAGGUCCCAAGUUAUUAUGAGUGAUCUCUCUAGUGCCCGAGUAAGUCUUUCACAUCCAUUUGCGCACACAGGCUUAGAUUUCGGUGGUCCGUUUAUUAUAAGAGAACAUAAGCGUAGAAAUGCUAAACUAAUUAAGGCAUACAUUUGUAUUUUUGUAUGUUUUGCUACUAAGGCUGUCCACAUAGAGCUUGUGGCUGAUUUGUCUUCAGACGCCUUUUUAGGUGCACUUAAAAAGUUCAUGGCCCGAAGGAGCAAGGUAAUUUGUUUAUAUUCUGACAAUGCUACGAAUUUUGUAGGAGCAGCACGAGAAAUUAGUGAUCUUCAUAAGCUAUUUUGCGAAGAACAAACGAAGCGCAGAUUGAACAAUUUUUUCACAGAAAUGCAAAUUCAAUGGCAAAUGAUACCACCUAACGCUCCGCAUUUUGGCGGACUUUGGGAAGCAGCCAUCAAAUCGGCGAAAUAUCACAUGAAGAGGAUAAUCGGCAAUACAUCGCUUAACUACGACGAGAUGUCCACUGUCAUCGCAGAAAUUGAAGCCAUCUUGAAUUCACGUCCUAUAAGCCCAAUGUCUGAUGAUCCCAACGAUAUACAAGCCUUAACACCUGGGCAUUUUCUUAUUGGACAACCCGUAAAUAGUUAUGCUUACUCAGAUCUUGAGAAUAUUAAAAUAAAUCAGCUAAGCCGAUGGCAACUGGUAGAGCGUUUGCGACAGCAUUUUUGGCAACGGUGGCGAAAUGAAUAUCUCAACACCUUGCAAGGACGUACAAAAUGGAAGAUGGAUAAAGGUGAUCCCUUAAGACGGGCCAAUUAG